GUGAAGCUGAUUGACUACAUCCACAGGCAGCGACAGUGCAAGCUGAGCGUGCCCCUGAGCGACCGCACCGCGGAGCUCAACAGCUACCCCCGCUUCAACGACUGGCUGGACAUCGUCAAUGUCAGGAAGGAGGUGGUGCAGAGAAUACCAGAGGAGCUGACCCUGGAUGCCUUACUAGAAAUGAAUGAGUCAAAGGUGAAAGAAACAAUGAAGAGAUGUGGAGCCAGAGAUGAGGAGUGCUCCAGGCUCAACGGGGCCCUGAGCUGCCUGCGGAAGGUGACGGAGUCAGCAGGAGAGCCGAGGGACGAUGUGCCGAUGGCCCUUCCCGAGCGCCGAGACAGCUCCUGCUCGCAGCCGGAGCCCGCCCGGGCCCCGAGUGCCCCGGCCAAGGGCAGCCAGCAGCAGCCGCGCUCCGUGUCCGCGGUCCCGCCCUGCGAGCCGCCGGCGCCGAGCCACGGGCCCUGGCCCUCGGCAGAGACCCUGCUAGAGCCCAUCGUGCUGCCCGCGGCCGGAGGCAGGCCCAGGACUCCGCACAGCAUCACCGUCACCCCCCCGGCCACGCCGCAGCCCAAACGCCGGCACCGCCUGAAGCCGCCGCGGACGCCGCCGCCCCCCUGCCGCAAGGUGUUCCAGCUGCUGCCCAACUUCCCGACCCUCACCAGGAGCAAGUCCCACGAGUCUCAGCUGGGCAACAGGAUAGACGAAGUUCCUCCAAUAAAGUUCGAGCUCUCCCAGGGAUCCCCCCAGAUGGUACGAAGAGACUUUGGCCUGGCUGUGACUCACAGGUUCUCGACAAAGUCCUGGUUAUCUCAGAUUUGCCAAGUGUGCCAGAAAAGCAUGAUGUUCGGGGUGAAGUGUAAGUACUGCAGAUUAAAAUGUCACAACAAAUGUACUAAAGAGGCACCUGCUUGUAGAAUAUCCUUCCUUCCCAUAACAAAAAUAAGAAGAACAGAGUCUGUCCCAUCUGAUAUCAAUAAUCCAGUAGACAGACCCACAGAACCCCAGUUUGGAACUCUCCCCAAAGCACUAACUAAAAAGGAGCAUCCACCAGCAAUAAACCACCUGGACUCCAGCAGUAAUCCUUCUUCUACAACUUCAUCCACUCCAUCUUCUCCAGCACCUUUCCAGUCUUCCAACCCUCCCAGUGCGACGCCGCCCCCGAACCCAUCCCCCAUGGGCCAGAGGGAUGGGCGGUUUAACUUCCCAGCUGCCUACUACCUUCAGCAUAGACAACAGUUUAUCUUCCCAGAAAUUCCCGGUCCUGCACAAACAGCACAGCUUCCAGAAACUGCUGCAGACACUAAUGCUGCCCAGCAGCUGGGCACGGGCGGAGGCACACGGGACGCACAGGUGGAGGAACCAGAGGCGAGUAAGUCGGAGCCCGAGGAUGACGAGGAUGAGGUGGAAGAUUUGCCCCACCGGCGGCCGCACCUGCAGGGGAUGAUCUACCGCAAACCCAGCCAGACCAGCGUGUACCUACAGGAGUGGGACAUCCCCUUUGAGCAGAUCCAGCUGGGGGACCCCAUUGGCCAGGGCCGCUGGGGCAAGGUCUACAAGGGCAAGUGGCACGGGGAGGUGGCCAUCAGGCUGCUGGAGAUUGAUGGCAACAACCAGGAUCAUCUCAAGCUCUUCAAGAAGGAGGUGAUGAACUACAGGCAGACCCGGCAUGAGAACGUGGUGCUGUUCAUGGGAGCCUGCAUGAACCCCCCUCACUUAGCAAUCAUUACCAGCUUCUGCAAAGGAAGGACGCUGCACUCCUUUGUGAGGGACCCCAAGAUCUCCCUGGACAUCAACAAAACCAGGCAGAUAGCACAGGAGAUAAUUAAGGGCAUGGGGUACCUCCACGCAAAGGGGAUUGUACAUAAGGAUCUGAAGUCAAAAAAUGUCUUCUAUGACAAUGGGAAAGUUGUGAUCACCGACUUUGGAUUAUUUGGAAUUUCGGGUGUGGUUCAGGAAGGAAGGAGGGAGAAUGAACUGAAGCUGCCUCAUGACUGGCUGUGCUACCUGGCUCCCGAGAUUGUCCGUGAGAUGGCCCCAGGGAAAGAUGAAGACAAGCUGCCUUUCUCCAAAGCUGCAGAUAUCUAUGCCUUUGGGACCGUGUGGUACGAGCUCCAGGCACGGGAAUGGCCCUUCAAGACCCAGCCUGCAGAGGCUCUCAUCUGGCAGAUCGGCAGUGGUGAGGGAGUGAGACAAGUCCUUGCUACUGUCAGCCUGGGCAAAGAAGUCAAUGAAAUCCUCUCAGCCUGCUGGGCCUUUGACCUCAGCGAGAGGCCCAGCUUCACUGUCCUCAUGGAAAUGCUUGAAAAACUGCCAAAACUGAACCGCCGGCUCUCCCACCCAGGGCACUUCUGGAAGUCUGCUGACAUUAACAGUAGCAAAGUUGUCCUCCGUUUUGAAAGAUUGGGCUUGGGAAUCCUGGAACCGAGUAACCCAAAGCUCUAGCCCGGUGUCAUUGUGCCCGUGCUGGCUGCCUGCUCCCACACAGCACCAGAAACCCUCCCUGGCUCCUCCACGCCGAGGCUGGUGCAGCCCCGCUGAAGACCAUCAGCUCAGCCCCGUGUCCUGCCUGAGCACCAGCAGUUAUUUAAACAAUGUUUACAUGAUACUUUUGUGUGAACUAUAUUUUUUUAAACAUAAUAAACAGUGAAUCGAGUUGAACUACAGCCAUUCUCAAAUACUGCUGAAAAAGAGAAGAGCUAUUCCUGGUUCCUCCUUGUGUCCAUGGUCAGUAGGAGCCACUCUCUGCCUUCAGAGCAGGGCCCCAGCAGCGGCACCGCAGUGAUGUGGCUUCUGCGAGCUCUUUGCCUUCCAGAGGUCACUUCUCUCCUGCAGGUAGAGCCCAGCCUGCUGCACUGGGGCUUGCCCAGACCACUCAUUGAUUCAGCAGGGCUGCUCCAGCUCUGCACCACCCUGAAUUCAGCUCCACCAGAACAGAGCUGCUGCAGGUAGUGUCUGGCUCCCAGGUAAUGACUCAAGUGCUCUUCUCCACAGAACUCACGCUACAACCUGCUCCUUCUCAUACAAUCCCAGAAUUAAGAAUUGCUGGCCUUAAAAAAUAAACUCAUGACUUGUUGCAGCUUUGCACAGGGAACAAAUUCUUCUUUUGAAGUUCAGGCACAAUUCUGAGUGUGGGGAAAGGCAAGAGUGACAGGACAAGGGAAGAGCUGUCCCUAAAUAAUGCAUUAACUGAGGCCUUGAUACACAGAGCUUCAGAGCCCCUGCACACACACACAGAGUGUUCCCACUGCCUGCAACUGGCCGGCCACAUUUCAGCUUGCAAGUUGUUUGAGAAACUUAGGACUAAAGCAGUUGCUUUGAGGAAGAAAAUCUUGUAACCAAGAGGGCAAUAUCUGGGCCUGGAGGUUCUGCCUGACCACAGCUCAAACUUGUUUCAGAGGUUAGUUUUAAAGCUAAAACCCAUCCCUUCCUCCAGUGCGGUGUGGAGGGGACAGCCAGUGACCACACUGAGGUGACAGGUGCAUCAUCCCCCUUGGAGAUCAAUUGCAGGCCCUGCUAGCAGAGGCUCCCCUUUCCCCACCAUCAUCCCCGAGGCUCAGGGGAGGAGCUCCCAGAUCCUCUGUGAGCAGGCAAAGCACCAGCCCUCAGUUUGGCUGCCUGGUGCUAAGCAGCACAAAACAUGAGUUCUGUUGGGCAGAGAGCCUCAGUCCUGUGUGCAAGUCAGUUGUAGCUUCUUAAAAGUGCUGAUAAAGACUUUUUAAAUGUGUCUCAGAUCUAAAAGAGAAAUGAGUUUGGCAUGGCCAGGCGCUGCAGAGCUGUCCUGAUCCCGUCCCCCUCAGGCUCUGCUGUUCUCACUAACGGUGUGUCAGCAGCCUGAAGCAGAAGCUGUUUUCCCCCAAGUGCUGCUUAAUUAAGAGCAGCACAACACAAACCCAAAGCAGGGAAAAAAAGGUGCUGCCCCUCAGCUGGAGCCCUGCGUGAGCUUCCUGCCUUAGGGAGGGCAGGGCAGGAGCCGCUGCCGGCUGCAGACCGGCCUUGGCUCAGUCUAUGUCGAGGGCAGCAGCGGCCUCGGGGUGCUCCUCGCACAGUUUUGGGGUGCAUUAAGCAGGCCCUGAGAGCUGGGACAGGCAGCAGGUCCCGUGUGGGACCAGAGGCCCGGCUGUGCACAGGCCCUGGCUCCUUGCAGCCCCAGACCGUGCCCUUCUGUUCCUGCGGGGCAGGUCAGGCCCUGGCUGUGCAGCCCCGAGCACGGGGAUGUGCCCACGGGCCUGCUCUGGUCCCGGCUCUUUCACAGCCUCCCCCUAACGGGAACAUGGGGAUCCAGCCUGACCUGGCUGCUGCUGGGACAGCCUCAAAGCUCCUCCUCUGCCCCAGUGCGGGCUCCUUUUAGCUCUGGUCAGCUCUGGGGCUCUGGGGCAGAGCUGUGGGGGCAUCAAGCUGUCCCAGUCCCGCACACCAAGCGACAGCCCUGGCCCGUGUUUGUGUCACACGUCCUGGUGGAGCUGUCAAUGUGACAAUGCUGUGCAAUGCUGCUACAGGAGCCACGUGUCAGUAGUGAAUGUAAAUGGUCGUAACAUGGUGAACAUGGACACGUUUUCUUUUCAAAUGUGAUGUAAACUUUGUACAGUAUAAAUUUUUUUUAUAUUUUCUAUGAACUGAGUGUCUUCCAGAAUUGCUAUUAAAUUAAUUACAAAUUGUUAGAAUUAAUAUCAGUUUCUGUAUUAGUUUAUUCAACCAGGAAAAAAAAAUGCACUCUAUGCUACUGGAAUUCUGGAUAUGUAGGAAUCUUUUCAGUAAAUAAAUCUUUGGUGCAGAUAAAGCA